CCAGCUAAUUCAACACCCCAAAAUUUCAAAGAAUUAGUUAAAAACCCCAGGAAAACGGAAAAUGACAGAAUCUCCACCAACCCUGCUAUGCACUCGUUCCUCUCUCUCUCUGUUUUCGUUGUAAAGAGAGUGUGGUAGUUUUUCUUCUCUCUCUCGUCAUCUUCCCUUCCCUUUGCCUUCAGCCUCUCCUUUCCUUUCGACCUCUUUCCUUUCUUCGUCAUCUAAUUUCGAUUCCGAUUCCGAUUCCGAUUCGUUCUGAUAUCGAUUGGAAAAUGCUGGGAACUGCACUGCAAUUUGGCGGGGUUCGCGGCGAGGAUCGCUUUUACAUUCCGGUGAAGGCGAGGAAGAACCAGAAUCAGCGCAAACAAGGCCAGAGAGCCAAGAAUGGCGAACUUGAAAACGCCGAUUUAACUUCGAAGAGCAAACUUGAUGUGUCUGAGAAUCGAAAUAGCAAUAGCAAUCUCAACCAAUCAUUGAAUCCAACUCUUUCUCCGUCUGUAGAGUCUGUUAGUAAUAUCGAUAGGUUCUUGGACUCCACGAUGCCGUUAGUUCCGGCUCAGUAUUUCUCCAAGACAACGAUGAGAGGUUGGAAAUUUUGCGAUGUGGAGUAUCAGUCUUACUUUUCCCUGAAUGAUCUCUGGGAAUCUUUUAAGGAGUGGAGUGCGUAUGGAGCUGGAGUGCCUUUGGUCCUCGAUCAAAGUGAAUCUGUUGUUCAGUAUUAUGUUCCGUAUUUGUCUGCUAUUCAACUCUAUGGUCAAUCUGCUGAGAAGCCAAGUGCAAAGCCUAGGUACACCAGUGAAGAUAGUGAUGGUGAUUACUACAAAGAUUCAUGUAGUGAUGAAAGUAGUGACAAUGAAUAUGGAAAAAGGACUGAGUUUACAAAACAAAGCAGUCAAUAUCUAACAGGUGGUGUCUCACUGCAAAUGAACAGAUUAUCUAUAAACAACAAACGCAGUGCAGUGCAAGAAGGAUUUUCUAGUGAUGAUAGUGAAACUGGGAAUCCUCAAGAUGUACUUUUUGAGUAUUUGGAACAACAUCCUCCGUAUAGCCGGGAACCAUUGGCUGAUAAGAUACAAGAUCUUGCACGCUAUUAUCCUGCUCUCAAGUCAUUGAGAAGCUGUGACUUAUUACCAGACAGUUGGAUGUCUGUGGCAUGGUAUCCUAUAUAUCGAAUACCCACUGGUCCAACUUUAAAAGAUUUAGAUGGGUGCUUUCUAACAUACCAUAAACUCCAUACACCCUUGACAGGAAGUGAUUGUACUCAUGCUCCAACACUUGUUUAUCCCAGUGAGACAGAUGCUGCACCAAAGAUUUCUAUACCUACUUUUGCAAUGGCUUCCUAUAAGUUAAAGGGGUCUGUUUGGAUGAAAAAAGGAGUUGGUGAGACUCAACAAGUGAGUUCCUUCUUGCAGGCUGCGGAUAAAUGGUUAAGGCUUGUUCAGGUUAACCACCCGGAUUUUCAGUUCUUUAAAUCACAUGGCACCUAUCAUAGAUGAACUGAAUAAGAAGACUUGGCAUUCCUGCUUUUGGCUAAAAUUGAGCCUUAAUUUCUGUUCAUUGCUUAAAGCAAACUUGAUAAAAAACUAUCCAUCUGUAGAGGUUUUGAUGGCGUGAUGACUGCCUAAUUGUGGAUUCUUGUGAUAUGCCUAAGCAGUACAAAAGAUGAAGCCGAUAUCAAGCAAUGAGCUUAGAGGUUGCUUAAGUGAAAAAGAAAAAGAAAAGAUGUUUUAUACGAAGGAAAAACUAUCAGAUAAGUGGAAGGUUCUAAUGAAAUGAGUGAGAAACUAGAAUAUGGCGAACUAGUUAACAGGAAGGAUGUGUGGGAUAAAGCCAAACUGUACAAGCCUUUCGGUUCAAUAGUGGUAGAGAUCCCCUUAAUUUCUAGAGAUAAAUAUUUACAGAUGGUGUGAUAUGGAAGAAAAUGGGUGAAAUGCUAAGAUUUUGCUGUGUUACGUGGCCCAAUUUUGGCACUAUAUCUGAUGAUCAUGAUAUUGCUCUGGUGAUGGAAGAGAUGGUACUGUAAGUGUGCACUACUGUUUUAAAGUAAGUUUUAGACUUACGGUGUUUAAUUGUUUGACUUACCACAGCUACUGGGGUAAGCUUGUUGUAGACUUAAAGAUGUUCAUAAUUAGCUCGAUAUUGGUGGAAUGAUCUGUAGAGAACGCAUGAUAUUAAUCAUGUAGGUAUCAGUUUUCACACUGGUGAAUCUGAACUAGUUGUUGUAUUGUGAAACAGUAUGAAAAAUAUUUUUCAGAUUCCUUGCUUUAAAA